GUAUAGCAACUGAACAAUGUGGCAAACGGUGAUCACAUUUUGUCUGCUUGUAAAGCUCUCUGGAGUUCGUGCAACUUGCACUUACCCGUAUGUGGCAGUGGGGGAAAAGUGCCUCUUUUUUGCAACAAUGGCCGACCUACAGCACACUGAGGCUCGACAGAUGUGCCACUCAAUGGGUGGAGAACUGGCGGCGGUAUUGACUGCAACUCAGUUCAAGGACAUUGUCGAUUAUAUCUAUAAUAACGGAUAUGAUGGUCAAAACUUUUGGCUCGAUGGCACGGACUCGGCGGCGGAAGGCCAGUGGCAGACGUCGGCUGGGCUUCCACUACCCAUGGGCACGCCCUUCUGGGAAACGUCUUACGAUAACGAAGAACCAAAUAACCAAGGGAAUGAAAACUGUCUGCAUAUAUCUCCCGAAAGAAGUUAUUAUAUGAAUGACAAAAGCUGUGAUGCGAUAUUUUCACCUUUAUGUGAGGAGGACGCAGUAUCUUCUUCCAGGAAUGGGACAGCGCCCAGAUCUUGCCCCAUGCCAUACAUGGAGUUCGCCGGCCUCUGCCUGGCCUUCAUCACGUGGGCCGACCAAGGCUGGGCAGAAGCGCGUCAGACGUGUCAUGGGCUGUCAGGAGAGCUGGCAGCACUCACCGAUGUUGAACAGCUGAGAGCAGUCUACCUGUACCUGCACCAGGAAUCAAUUGCCUAUGACAGUUUCUGGCUCGGGGGCUCUGACAUCGAGCAGGAAGGGAGCUGGAAGUGGACGGAUGGGGAACCCGUCACCAUGGGAACUCCUUUUUGGGGAUUCAAGAACCUUUCUGACGGCCAACAGCCUCAAGGAGGAACAGCAGAAAACUGCCUUUAUCUCGACGCUCAGGCUGGCCACUACUUCUUUGACGGACAAUGCGACCUGUUACUGAAUCCCCUGUGCAUGCUGAAAGGACAAUAAACAUGGUAUAGAAACUGUAUCACGCUGCCCAAAGAAAGAGUAACCUGCAUUGUGAGAA